GGGGGUCAUAGUGUUGACGUUGACAAAAGGACUUGUUUAAAGGAGUAGAAGGCAGAGACACAGACAUGCUGCAGCAGACGGUGGUCUGCUUUGUAUCUGGUUGUGAAUCCAUGGUCACAUAGAUUCAGUCUGAGACAUGCGGAAAAGGUGGAUUAUGUUUUUGAGUAAGGUUUGCCUGCAAUGAGAUUUUAUUCUCUACACUUAAAGAACAUUCUUUCUGAGCUGCUGUGAAUAAAUUUGGAAUGAUACUGUCUAUUUUCAACUAAUGGAGAAUUAGCUGUGUCUUUACAAGGGUUGCUGUACUGGACAACUUCAGAACAUCCUCAUAAUGUCAUCAAACAGGAGUCAGAAUCCCCAUGGACUGAAGCAGAUCGGGCUUGACCAGAUCUGGGAUGACCUCAGAGCUGGGAUUCAGCAAGUAUACACCAGACAAAGCAUGGCGAAGUCCAGAUACAUGGAGCUCUACACUCACGUUUACAACUACUGCACUAGUGUGCAUCAGUCCAACCAGGCUCGGGGAGCCGGAGUCCCUCCUGCCAAGUCAAAAAAGGGGCAGACUCCUGGGGGAGCCCAGUUUGUUGGCUUGGAGUUAUACAAGCGAUUGAAGGAGUUUUUGAAGAAUUACUUGACAAAUCUUCUCAAGGAUGGAGAAGAUCUGAUGGAUGAGAGUGUACUGAAGUUCUACACUCAGCAGUGGGAAGAUUACCGAUUCUCCAGCAAAGUGCUGAAUGGAAUCUGUGCCUACCUCAAUAGACAUUGGGUUCGCCGCGAAUGUGAUGAAGGACGAAAAGGAAUAUAUGAAAUCUAUUCACUUGCAUUGGUGACAUGGAGAGAUUGUUUGUUCAGGCCAUUGAAUAAACAGGUAACAAAUGCUGUUUUAAAACUGAUUGAAAAGGAAAGAAAUGGCGAAACCAUCAAUACAAGACUAAUUAGUGGAGUUGUACAAUCUUAUGUGGAAUUGGGACUGAAUGAAGAUGACGCAUUUGCAAAGGGCCCUACGUUAACAGUAUAUAAAGAAUCCUUUGAAUCUCAAUUUUUGGCUGACACAGAGAGAUUUUAUACCAGAGAAAGUACUGAAUUCUUGCAGCAGAACCCAGUAACUGAAUAUAUGAAAAAGGCUGAGGCUCGUUUGCUUGAGGAACAGCGGAGAGUGCAAGUUUACCUCCAUGAAAGCACGCAAGAUGAGUUAGCACGGAAAUGUGAGCAGGUCCUCAUCGAAAAACACUUGGAAAUCUUCCACACAGAGUUCCAGAAUUUGUUGGAUGCUGACAAGAAUGAAGAUUUGGGCCGCAUGUAUAAUCUUGUAUCUAGAAUUCAGGAUGGCCUAGGAGAAUUGAAAAAACUUCUAGAGACACAUAUUCAUAAUCAGGGUCUUGCAGCAAUUGAGAAGUGUGGAGAAGCUGCUUUAAAUGACCCAAAGAUGUAUGUGCAGACCGUUCUGGAUGUUCAUAAGAAAUACAAUGCCCUGGUGAUGUCAGCAUUCAACAAUGACGCUGGCUUCGUGGCUGCACUUGAUAAGGCUUGCGGUCGCUUCAUAAACAACAAUGCGGUUACCAAAAUGGCCCAGUCAUCUAGUAAAUCCCCUGAGCUGCUUGCUCGGUACUGUGACUCCUUGUUGAAGAAAAGUUCCAAGAACCCAGAAGAGGCAGAACUAGAAGACACCCUCAAUCAAGUGAUGGUGGUCUUCAAGUACAUCGAGGACAAAGAUGUGUUUCAGAAGUUCUAUGCAAAGAUGCUUGCCAAGAGACUGGUGCAUCAGAACAGUGCUAGUGAUGAUGCUGAAGCAAGCAUGAUCUCCAAGUUAAAGCAAGCUUGUGGUUUUGAGUACACCUCCAAACUUCAGCGGAUGUUUCAAGACAUUGGUGUAAGCAAAGAUCUGAAUGAGCAGUUCAAAAAGCACCUAACGAAUUCAGAACCACUGGACUUGGACUUCAGCAUCCAGGUCCUCAGUUCCGGGUCGUGGCCCUUUCAGCAGUCUUGCACGUUUGCCUUGCCGUCAGAGCUGGAGCGCAGUUAUCAGCGAUUUACAGCUUUCUACGCCAGCCGUCACAGUGGCAGAAAACUGACGUGGUUGUAUCAACUAUCCAAAGGGGAGCUAGUCACCAAUUGCUUCAAAAACAGAUACACUUUGCAGGCAUCCACAUUCCAGAUGGCGAUCCUGCUGCAGUACAACACAGAAGACGCCUACACCGUGCAGCAGCUGACGGACAGCACUCAGAUUAAAAUGGACAUUUUGGCACAAGUCCUACAGAUUUUACUGAAAUCAAAGUUGCUGGUCUUGGAAGAUGAAAAUGCAAAUGUUGAUGAGGUGGAAUUGAAGCCAGACACCCUAAUAAAGUUAUACCUUGGUUAUAAAAAUAAGAAAUUAAGGGUUAAUAUCAAUGUACCAAUGAAAACGGAACAGAAGCAGGAACAAGAAACCACACACAAAAAUAUAGAGGAAGACCGCAAACUCCUGAUCCAGGCGGCCAUCGUGAGAAUCAUGAAAAUGAGGAAGGUCCUGAAACACCAGCAGUUACUUGGUGAAGUCCUCACUCAGCUCUCCUCCAGGUUCAAACCUCGGGUCCCAGUGAUCAAGAAAUGCAUUGAUAUUCUCAUCGAAAAGGAGUAUUUGGAGCGAGUCGAUGGUGAGAAGGACACCUACAGUUACUUGGCCUAACCCUUCUAAAAGGGUCUGCGACCCACAGCAUAUAGUUCCAGUGACUAGAAUGGAAACAACUCAAGUUCAUAGCAGCCAGCCUGCCGCCAUUUGGACCUCCCUUUUUAAAGCUGAGACCACGGUUCCCACCAGCUGGUCUCAGGCUACAGCCGGACUGCUCAGGACUGACACAUUUCAGUCUGAAAACAGACGCCAACGCCAUUCUCCCUAACUUACGGACAGAGGGGAACCGAACCUUCCAUGCUGAGGCUGCAUGCUACUGCACUUAAAUCAAUACAUUGGCUCCCUGGUUAACGCUGUCGUCUGAGGCAGCACAUGAGAGCGAGUCUGAAUGGACCCACGUGUAAUCUGCUAUGGAAACCAUUUGUAUAGUGUGUUUCAUUUUUUAAUGUGUGAAAAUAAAGAAAAUUAAAGGAUUUCUGUACAAGUUGCAUUUGGUUUUAAGUUUUACUAAUUUCUAUAUGUAAAUAAAAGAUUUAAUGAUUGUGCAA